CGCAGGGCUUCAAGUGAGAGACGACACAACGCUUGAGGCGGAACAAACUGACAACGCGCUUCUUCUGGCUGUCAAACCAGUUCAUGUUGUCGGAGGAGUAUGCGUCCUCUCUGAACUCCAUGAGAUAGUCCCCUCACCUCUGUUGACUCCACGAAACAUGUCUUUGGACUAAUGUUUGUUGUGGUUAGUGCCCAUGCCACUUAAGCCGUGCCAAUGCAGAGUAAUGGAUACUAGCGUCCCUGGCAGAGAUGGAAACAUGGUUACAAGCGACGGGGAGCAUUUGGACGGCAGUAACGCGGGGAUGGAGGCGCUUCACCAAUGCGAACUCAUCCAGAACUUGAUCGAGAUCUCCAUCUCCAGUCUGAAAGGACUCCGGACCAAAUGUGCUGCAUCUAACGACUUGACCCAACAUGAGAUACGAGCUUUAGAGGUGAAGCUUGUGAAGUACAUCAGUAAACAGUUGGAGUGGAAGCACAGUGUUACCGAGUGCGACAGACCACUGGCUCUGGACUCUUACCCCCACCUUACGAACUGGCUUUACACCAUCAACAUCAGGCCAGAGCUCAUAGAGGCAGUCCCUGUGAAACUGUCUCUAGAUGCUCUCCUGCAGAUGUCCACUGCUAAGGUUGAAGAGACCAUGAAACGACUGGGCUCCAGCGGUGAGGAGUGCUCUCGUAUCACCACUGCCCUCUCCUGUCUCAAGAGUGCUACUGACACAGGAGGAGGGCUAAGGAAAGAGGGUAUCCCCUGGAUAGCAGAACCCACUCAACGUAACAACAAGAUCUCUGCAAAUAUGACCCGGCCUUACAGUCCUAACCCAAUAACCAGGCCUCCUCUCACUCCUUCUGCUUUGCCUACCCAACGGUCCUGUGUCUCAGUUUCUUCCCUACCUUCUACGGACUUAAGUGCGGUUGUCCAAAUCCGCUGUGAUGGGCUGACAGACCCUUUCACUUCCUCCCCAAAGCCGAACCACUGCACGGCCGGGCUGCUCGCCACCCCUCCGGCCACCCCACCCCAGAGACGGUAUGCCAAGCAAAAGACACCGCGGACCCCACCGCCCCCUUCCCGCAAGCUGCUCAACUUUUUUCCCAACAUCACUCUCACCCGGAGCAAGAGCCAGACCCAGCUGGCCAACCGAAUAGACGAACCUACACCCAAUAAGAGCGGGAAGAAAACCAACCCGACGCUGAACAUGCUGGUAAAUGGUGGUGUGAGCGUAUGGGACGACUCGCUGUCACGGUCACCACUGCUGUCUGCACGAUCACCCUACAUCCUACCAAACACUCCCACUCACCUAGGAGGAAAUAACGUUGCAACACAUGGAAGCUCUCCACUGUUUUUAAGGAAGGGUAUUCGUCUUGAAGUCACACACAGGUUUUCCACCAAGUCCUGGUUGUCUCAGAUGUGCCAGGUGUGCAAGAAGAACAUGAUUUUUGGUGUUAAAUGUAAACAUUGCAAAGUAAAGUGCCACAACAGAUGUACCAAAGAAGCUCCUAAGUGUGGAAUUUCCUUUGAUUCAUUACCAAAGAUCAGGAGAACAGAAUCGGUUCCUUCAGGUAUCAACAACCAGGUGGAGAAACUGACCGAGUCGCAGCAGUAUGGGACAUUACCAAAGGCAAUAAACAAAAAGGACCAUCCUGCAUCACUGAGUCACAUGGACUGCAGUAGUACCCCCUCCUCCACCACAUCCUCCACCCCCUCUUCACCUGCCCCCUUCAGUCAGAGUAACCCCCCAAGCGCUACCCCACCACCCAACCCCUCCCCUAAGGGUCACAUUGACAGUCGCUUUCAUUUCCCAGCUGCCUACUACUUUCAGCAAAGACAACAAUUUGUCUUCCCCGAGAUAUCCGGUUCCACACAUCCGGACGGAUGUAACAACACAGGAGAGGCAGACCAGGUGGACGGUCACAUCAGCCAGGUGUCAACAGGCCAAAAUGAAGCUGUGCAUGAAGAAUGCGAUGAAGAGCAACAAGAGGAGGAUGUUCAAGACCAGGAGGAAUCAGGUGAUGAAAGUGAAGACGAUGAGCUAGACGAUCUGCCCAGCUCCAGACGCUACUGGAAGGACCAUAUAUCCCGUAAGCACAGCCAGACCAGCGUUUAUCUGCAGGAGUGGGACAUACCGUUCGAGCAGCUGGAGCUCGGAGAGCUCAUCGGUAAAGGGCGCUGGGGUAAAGUGUGCCGAGGCCGGUGGCACGGGGAGGUGGCCGUUCGCCUGUUAGAGAUUGACGGAAACAACCAGGAGCACCUGAAGCUUUUCAAGAAGGAGGUGAUGAACUAUCGACAAACGCGACAUGAGAACGUGGUGCUGUUUAUGGGGGCCUGCAUGAACCCGCCUCAUCUGGCCAUCAUCACCAGCUUUUGUAAAGGACGAACGCUGUACUCGGUUGUCAGAGACUCUAAACUCGACAUCAACAAGAUACGACAAAUUGCUCAGGAAAUCGUAAAGGGAAUGGGCUACCUCCAUGCAAAGGGAAUCGUGCAUAAAGAUCUGAAGUCAAAAAAUGUGUUUUACGAUUCAAACAAAGUGGUCAUCACAGAUUUUGGCUUGUUUGGGAUGUCUGGUGUUGUGCAAGAAGACAGGAGAGAGAAUGAACUGAAACUUCCUCGAGGAUGGAUUUAUUAUCUUGCUCCUGAGAUCGUGCGAAAGAUGACACCAGGAAAACACGAAGACUGUUUGCCAUUUUCAAACGCUGCUGACGUUUAUGCUUUUGGCACUAUCUGGUAUGAGCUUCAAGCCAAAGACUGGCCCAUUACAAACCAACCGGCUGAGCCUUUGAUAUGGAUGCUAGGAAGUGGGGAAGGCAUCAAAAGGUUAUUGGCCCAGAAGGGCACCAGCUUGGGCAAGGAGGUCACGGAGAUCCUGUCAGCCUGCUGGUCCAAUGAGUUUAAGGACAGACCGACAUUCACUCAGCUGUCGGAUUUACUAGAAAAGCUUCCUAAGCUCAACCGCAGACUUUCGCACCCUGGACACUUCUGGAAGCCUGAGGACGAUUGGCAUCACCACUGUUUGCGUGAGCACUGCAGUCAGGGUCUCCGCUCUCGCUGUCCUUACAUCUACAAAUAUGACGAUUUGAACACAUCUGCUAUUAACAAUAACUUGCCUGUUUUAUUCAAAGAAAGCAAAGUAAACCCAUGAUAAAGAGUGUCUUACAGAUCAUUACAAUGUUCAUAUUUAUGUUCAUAUUUUGAAUGAACUGUGUUUGUAAAUGUAAAAUAUGCUGGCACUUUAAUUCAGUUAGCAGAUUUCCAUUCUGUGAUGUCUCAUUUUCAUCUGUGAAUAGACUGAGAUCUCUCCUGAUGUCUGAUUGGAUGAGAAAGACAUUGCCAUGAGUGAUAUUGUUGCAAUUCAUUGUCCUCCGUAGUGCUCUUAUGGUAAUGAACUGUAUUGUAUUUCUACAGUUGUGUAAACAUCUUAUCUGGCCACAAAUGUCACAGAUUUUGUCUCAGAAUCGGGACGAAGUUAUAGAAAUAAUUUUCUAGAUGGUAAUCAAACCUUAUCACAAACUGAGGAUCCUAACAAGAUGUAAUAUAUACACCUGGACAUCGUUCAGAAACUUCUGAUAAUACCUCUCAUUUGAGUUUAUGUGUGUGUGCGUGUGUCAGAAAAAGUGUGUGAGCCUUUAAAGUUUUGGGUGAUUUAUUUGUGGUGUUAUGAACAACGAGAGAACUUUAUGUGAAAGGUUGCGGUGAAUGUUUGCAAAACGACAGACAACUUCAAAUGAAUACGGAAAAACUUUAUUUAUUUUACAGCUAAAAAUUCUUAUUUUAUUUGUACAAAAUUUUAUAUGUUUUCAUUGAAAUAUUUUCAACGGUACUUUACUCCUGUUGUACAGCCCUUGAUAUAAAAAAGUAUCGCAAACUUAAAAUGUACAUUUCUAGGAUGAGAUUGUGUUUUUAAUGUAUGAAAUCAUAUUUUUGUAAAGCUUGUGACCACUUAUCUGUAGCAAUGUUGUUUUAACUUUGAAAAACAAUAAAACAUUUUUUCACCUUC